AUGCAAUCUUUACUCUCUAUUUUUCUGCGUCUGUGUAUAUAUGGAUCCUUUAUAAUAUGGAUUGUAGGAAUGCAUCCUGUGAGGUUCAUCUUUGCAAGAGCAGUGCCGCUCUCACAGUCUGACAUUUCGCGGGCACUGCAAAAUAUCAAAGGUUGGCGCAUUGAAGAGAAAGAUGAGAAUGUGAUUUAUCGUGAUUUUGAAUUCCGUGAUUUUAAACAGGCGAUGUUGUUUAUGAAUGCCGUUGCUGAUGUCUGUGAAGCGGUGGGGCAUCACCCUUCCUGGACGAAUACAUAUAACAAAGUUCAUGUGCGUCUCACAACACAUGAUGCUGGAAAUCGUGUAACGCAGAGAGAUCUAAACUUGGCAGAACGAAUGAAUGAUAUCUUUACAAGAAACCUGUAG